AUGGAGCUACCGGAGCCAAUUGCGUACAAUAUUAAGCCCACAGACCUUAUCCCCAACUCACCAAAGCCCCUUUUGCUGUACAAGAACUGCUUCUUCCGAGACGGCAAAAUUGACCCCGUUCUUGUAUACGACACCUUCAAGAAGAAUGGUUGGGAUCCUCAGUGGGUGACCAGAUAUGGCCGCCUCCAGAGAUCGCACUACCAUGGACAGACUCACGAGGUAAUGGUCGUGCUUUCAGGCCCCGGUGCCAUUCGCUGGGGCGUCGCGGACCUAGAUGACGAUCCAGAGAAACAUACCUACGGUGGCGCGAAUGAGAAAGCAGGCUUGGACAUGGUUGCAAAUGUAGGGGACGUAUUCGUCAUUCCAGCGGGUGUCUCGCAUAAAAACUAUAAUCCGAACACGACAAUGCCGGAGUCAGAGUGUCUAACAGGAGAUGCGCACCAUAUCGAGUCCAAUGACCAGAGAGGAUUAGUGGGCGAACUACCGUUGGUUGAGUUUACGAUGCUGGGCGCGUACCCAAGAGGAUUUACUUGGACGUGGGCGGAGGGAGGCGAGCAUGCUGGCAGGUUUGACGAGGUAUGGAAUGUUGCUACUCCAGAGCUGGAUCCCGUGGUUGGUGAUAAGGGGGGGAUCACCGUGUACUGGAAUCCAGCAGUAAACGGUGUCUCCUAA